GGGUUAAAGCUAACAUAAAAAAAAUAUAUGUUUUCAUGUUAUAGUUUAUUGAGAACUUUUCCUCCAGCAGGUGGCGCCUCCCACUGCUCUUCCUGAAAGUUGGACUUUAAAAAAAAAACACAAAACAAAACACAUAAUACAUGAUAAGAACUUAAAUCACAGUUAUAGUCUGUGCUGUAUUAAAAUAUAUUAUACUAUAUUAUAUUAUAUAAACUUCCCCUCACCUGCACGGGACAGGGACCGGGACGACGUCACACUCGACCACGUGACCACAUGACAGCACGAGACGGAAAGGAGGAUUCCGUGUUUUUCCCAGAAUUUUUACCCAGGAAAUACCAUUAAACCCCCGGUUCUCCAGUUCAGCAUGUUCUGCUGCUGCUGUCCCCGGAGCUCCACUGAGGAGGAGACAGAACCUUUACUUAGAGCACCAGCGUCAGCACAGACAGAACCUUUACUUGGAGCACCAGGGUCAGCAAGACAGCAUCAUCUUUCUCAACCUAAUGGUUCAGAGCAGAAACAUGGUGAGAUCACUGCUCGACGAGUGGGUGUGCCAGAUCUCGACGAGCGCUUUGCAGAUGUGAAAGUAACUUUCAACAAGCAGUAUGAGGACUAUAAGCAGAUGGAGGACAGACGGAAAACCCUCCUGCACCGCUAUCGCUGUUCACCUGGUGACAGCCUGUCUAAAUGCCUGAAGAAGAUCAAGGAUGAGCACGACACACAUCACAUCCAGCUGCAGUUGAAAGGCUAUGACUUCUCCUUGGCUGUGACUCCAGAGGACACGGUGCCGGACAAGCUGAAGCGAACGCAGGAGAACGUCAGAGAGCUGAGCCAAGCUGCCAAAGCCGUGGUGUCUGUGGGUACCAAGCUUCAGGAGUUGGCGAGCUGGAUUCUGAAAAAGGAGAAGACCCUGAUCCAACAGGUGACGGAGGCAGCCCCAACACACCAGGAGAAACAGAGGCUGGUAGGAAACCUCCAGGAGAACCUGCGGGAGGUGAGCAGGGCUAAAGAGCAGAGUCUUCAAUACAGGGUGGAGGCUGAGAAACUUCUAAAUGAAGCAGGUCUGCUGUCUGGUGUCACUCCAUGAGUUUUUUUUUUUUUAUGAUAGAAAGAGUAAUAGUAAUUAGCAUCGGUUAUCAGCUCUGUACUUAAAGAAAUACACUGAACAUCAGAGAAAUUAUUACAAAAAAAUACUUGCUUCAAGAGAAAGUGUCUGCAAUACUUUUCUAUAACUUAUAACAGUCAUAUUUAUUGAGAUACACAUUGAGAAAUAGUGUGUAAUGUCAUGUACGUGCCUGCUCCCGCUUGUUUUAGUCCCGUUAAGGCGUUAUCUCGCCACAAAUCGCUUGUUUUAAUCCUGCGCCUCCCGCUACAUACACAUUUUUUCUGCUCCUUUCGCCCUGCCGUCCUUAUAUGAAUUGAAUUGAUCAAAUUUACUGCUUGAAAUUUACUUAUGUAUUUAUUAAAACAGCAAUAUAUUGCUGGAUAACGCUGAUAGCGCCCUAAUUUCUUACCACAGUCCAAACACAUGCCGUCAGGUGAAUUUGAGAUGCUUGCAUUCGCUAUUAACUUAAAACUGCUUCCUUUUUUUCUUUGCAGCUUUCUUUAAGUGCCAGUAGUGCAGUAGUUAAACUCAUAAAGUUUAUUUUAGAAUUUAGAAGAGUUUUCUAUGCAGCCUGAGGGGCGUGGAUAAAAAAAAAACAAUUAAAUUGAGUGAACGAUAUAGCAGUUCAUGCUCAUGUUUUCUUUAAUUUGAGUGAACGAUUGGCAAUCCAUGCUCACGAGUUCUUUAAUUCAUGUUCACAAUUUCUUAAAAACCAUAUCAAGUUAAAGUGAUGAUGUAAUGUGUAAUUGUAUUAUCUAACUUUAACACUAGAGCAUUGAUACUCAGAAGGUUAUAAAUGUAGAUAACUAACUAUCAUCACAGCAGCCCUGUAACAGAUCAAGAGCAAAAGUUCUACUUUUCCUCCAAGCUUCUUGUCUUAGUGCACAUAAAAAUGAUUUGCUCAAAUGAAAGAAAUUGUGAGCACAAAUUAAAGAAAUCAUGAGCAUGAACUGCUAUAUCCUUCACUCGAUACAGUACUUCUUCAGGAACGGAGCUGAACAGAUCCUUUCUGUAUUUACUGGAAGCAGGAUGUUCUGCAAGAAGUAGUUUGAUGGUUUACAAAGGAAAUUUAGGAAUAAGUGGGAAACUAUAAUGAAAUACAUUUAUAAAGAGAACGUGCCAUAGUUACAUGUCAUCUCUUAACCAACCUGAAUCUUAGUUUGAAUAAAUUUUAUUAGCUGCUUAGUUUAAAGUAAAUGUGUAGAUAGUGUUAAUAUGUCAAGUAAAAAAAAAUCAAAUGUGAACCUUUUUAUUGAUGCAGCUUAGUUUCUAAUAUUAUCAUGUAAAACGUGAUCGUUUUAGUUGUUAUUUUAGAAUAUUCUAUUUCAUUUGUCUUCAGGGUUUUUUCUAGACAUGUCAUCUGCUGGUGUUGAUCCACUGUGUUUUAUUAUCAAGUCUAAAGUCCCACAAAAUCUUACAGCACUUCAUGCUUCCCUCUGCCACUGACAACUUUUAUGGUGCUGGAGAUUUCAUUUUCCAGCAGGACUUGGCACACUGCCCACACUGCCAAAAGUACCAGUUGGUCUUAUAUAACAUGUUAUAUAAAUGAGUUUGAAACUAAUUACUGAAAUAAAGUAACUUCGUGUAAAUUAUUUCGGAUCAAAUACAACAAAGCUUUACAAAGAAUAAAAAUACAAAGUUCAGACGAAGAGUAUUUUUUAUUAUUAAUUCAGAACUGAGACGAAAUGGGUUCCAUUAAAAUGAAACAUUAAAAAGACUUCUGCAUAAGUUAACUGAGCUAACUUUACUAUUUACAUUUCUGCAAUAUUUCAAAAAGACAUUAAAACACAAUGAAAAAUGCUUUUAAUUCAGAUGUUUCUUACAGUUGAAAAAGUAAACACUCUCUCUAUGCAAGUUAAGAUCAUCUCAAUACUAAGAAGCUUUUAAGGAACUGGUUCAGUUCAGUCGUAAAAUGAGGUAAUGUUGCUAACAAUAAAAGGAAGUAAACAGAUAUCGCAAAUGACAUCAUGUGAAUUACCUUUUCACUAUUCCUUAAUCUCUACAGAAAGAAAACCCUACACUAUAGAGUAUUAAGCAUGGUGUUAAUGAAGUGUUAAACACUACCAACUUAUUUCUUAUUUCUGCUGAAAACUGCACUGAUGUUUAUGCACUUAUGAGUAUUGGUUAUGAUUAAACAAAGGAGAAAUUAAAUGUGACCCAGGCUCAUGGAGGCCUCGAUGCUGGAGAAAAAGCUGUGCACUUGUGCUGUGAUUUAUUUAUGUUCUCUGUUCCUUAACCUUUUUUGGAGAUCUGUUUCUGCUGUAUGGUUUUUGUCAAAACACAGAGGAAAAAAAUGUAGGAUUGUGAUUUUUUUCAUCUACACUUAAUAAACUAAAUAAACUUGCACAUUGUUUAGUGUAGUGAAAUAUAUAACACUAAGAAAAUGCCAAAAGGCCAAGUAACUGUGUAUUAUAUCAGUAUGUGUAAAAAAAAAACCCUGUUCUUAUGUCUGUCAAUGAUUUUUUUUUUCUGUGCUUUGUAUUAAAACAAAAUCUUUGUAUAAAAUAAAAAGGAUAUGCUGAAAA